AUGUGUGCAGCUGUCCUAACUGCCUUUAUUUUUCUGCCUUGUGUUCAUGUACUGUAACAAAACUUGGAGAAACAUUGUAUGUCCCUGGCGUUUGAGAGCGAUUGGUGCASUAAAUGCUUCAUCACGACCUAGUGRUGGGUGAGUUGUUACAGCACCUGAUGGCAAAGUUGUCCGUGUGCUUCCUGUCUUUCUACAAAGCCAAAGCCAGGAGUUCCAAAACAGAAAACCACAGGAAAAGCUGCUCUGCCCUGUAGAAGUUCUCCAGCCAUUGGGAUCCACAUGAAUGCUGACAAKMCAACAACUAAGUGCAUAGGAUUGCUCAGCUCCUUGCCACAAGAUUUAUUAGCAACAGAAUGUCAUCUGUGUAAUCUGUGCAUCCUGGAUGCGAAAAUAUGACAGGAAGAAGCAGAACUCUGGCUAUCUCUUCACCCAGCACGUUUCUUAUCAGCAGGUGACACCCAGAGGGGAGGACUUGAGGAAUGCUGCUGUCCCUUAUGUCAACAUCCAAGUAGAACCUGCGGACAACUACACUGAAUAUUCAGGCUGCAACUCGUCAGGACAUGACCUAUUGGCUGCAGGAGCUGCAGCAGAAGAGGUGGGAAUACUGCAACAACCUCGACGCAGCAAAAAGGGACAGCCGCACAUCCCCUACACCAAGUGACUUUUCCAAAGGUCUUGUUGCCAAAGACAACCCUGAUGUGAGUGCCCUAAGUCAAAAUGCUUCAGCAGAGAGAGCUAGAAAUAUUCUAGCUGUGGAGACUUCUCCUACAGACCUGGUGGGAGAACAAGCAGCUUCCCAGCCCGCCCCAGUCCAAGCAAGUGCCAUCAAUUUCUCACUUAAACAAUGGAGUACUGAGAUCAAAAAUUCCAUGUCCUCCUUAAGAAAAGGAAACAACGAAAAUCGCAGGAGCGUAUUUUAUACCUCUGAGGACUGGGAACUGCUGGAUCCAACCCCAAAAGACUUGGAGGACUCAAUGGCUCUGGAAGAAAAGAGGAAACACCUGGCAGAAGGAAGUAAAGGACUGACUAGUUCAGCUUUUCCAUUUGAUUUUGGCCGCAUCCCACACAAAGCAAGGCGCCCGUUGAAAGAUAUGAUUGGAUCGAGCAAAAACCGGAGCAGCAGCGACUCUUCUCCAACAGAGUGGUGUUCUGGCAAUGGCAACAGACUCGUCUCUGAGCUGCAACUCAAGUAUCAGAGCCAGCAGGAAGAGCUGGAGAAGCUAAAGAAAGACCUCYUGAGCCAAAAGGAACUUGUUCGACUUCUGCAGCAAACAGUCCGAUCAUCCCAAUACGAUAAAUACUUUGCAAGCCGCCUUUGUGAGGGGGUUCCCAAAGACACCUUAGAGCUGUUGCACCAAAAAGAUGACCAGAUUUUGGGCCUCAACAACCAGCUGGAAAAGUUAAAUCUGGAAAAAGAUAAUCUCCAGCAGGARGUCAAGAAUCUGAAAUGUAAAGUUGGAGAGCUCAAUGAGCGGCUGGGAAUGUUGAUGGAAACUAUUCAAGCUAAAGAUGAAGUGAUCAUGAAACUCUCUCGUCARCUCAGUGAAUGUGAGGACAGCACAUCCUCUCAAAGUGGAGCAAUCAAUUCCCCCACAGCCACCUCUGCUAAUAAGGARCUACAGGAACUGGACAGACUAAAAGACAAUCUUCAGGGUUAUAAGACCCAGAAUAAAUUUUUAAAUAAGGAGAUUUUGGAACUUUCUGCUCUACGAAGAAAUGCGGAAGCAAGAGAGAGAGAAUGGCAGGCAAAGUAUACCAGCUUGGAAGCCAAACUCUGCCAGAUUGAAAGUAAAUACUUGAUCUUGCUUCAAGAAAUGAAAACUCCUGUUUGUAGUGAGGAUCAGAGUCCUGCUCGUGAGGUCAUCACACAGUUACUGGARGAUGCCUUGAAAGCAGAACCUAGUGAACAACCAGAACAAGCAUUUUUCAAACCACACCUGGUCAGUGAAUAUGAUAUAUAUGGUUUUCAGACAGUCCCAGAGGAUGAUGAUGAGGAGAAACUAGUAGCAAAAUCACGAGCUUUGGACUUGAGAUCACUUUCACUCAGUGAAAAUCGAGAGAUCUCCACAGGAGUGAAAUGGGAAAACUACCUUGCAAGCACAAUGAACAGAGAGAUGAUGCGCUGUGUGGAGCUGAAGAACCUGAUUCGCUCUGGGAUUCCACAUGAGCAUCGCUCCAAGAUGUGGAAAUGGUGUGUCAAUCUCCACGUUAAAAAAUUYAAGGACAGUGCUGCUCCUGGCUACUUCCAAACCUUGCUUCAAAAAGCUCUGGAAAAACCAAAUCCUGCAUCUAAACAGAUUGAGUUGGAUCUCUUGAGGACUUUGCCAAAUAACAAACAUUACUCCUCCCCAACAUCCGAAGGGAUCCAGAAGCUGCGAAAUGUGCUGCUGGCAUUUUCCUGGAGAAAUCCUGAUAUAGGAUAUUGUCAAGGGCUCAACAGGUUAGUAGCAAUUGCACUUCUGUACUUGGAACAGGAAGAUGCUUUUUGGUGUCUAGUAACAAUAGUGGAAGUUUUCAUGCCUCGUGAUUAUUACACCAAGACACUGCUGGGAUCCCAGGUCGAUCAGCGAGUAUUUAGGGAUUUGAUGAGCGAGAAGCUUCCACGACUGCAUGCUCAUUUUGAACAAUAUAAAGUUGAUUAUACUCUUAUCACUUUCAACUGGUUUCUUGUGGUGUUUGUGGACAGCGUGGUUAGCGACAUCCUUUUCAAAAUCUGGGACUCAUUCCUCUAUGAGGGACCAAAGGUAAUAUUCCGAUUUGCCCUGGCACUUUUUAAAUACAAAGAAGAGGAGAUGUUAAAGCUGCAAGAUUCGAUGUCCAUUUUCAAGUACCUUCGCUAUUUCACGCGCACCAUCCUUGAUGCCAGGAAGCUGACUUCUAUUGCUUUUGGAGACCUGAACCCUUUUCCCUUACGCCAGAUCAGGAACCGCAGGACCUAUCACCUGGAGAAAGUGCGCCUGGAGCUGACGGAGCUGGAAGCCAUUCGCGAGGAUUUCCUGCGCGAGAGAGAGACCUGUGUAGAAAAAAGAGACCUUAUUAGUGAUGAUGAGGAGGAUAGCUGAAACUGCUUAAUAUAAACUGUUCUUUGGGAUCGUGACCAAAGUGAGUUAACCUCCAAAACACUUUAUUAAUCCUGUCAAACAGAAUGUAAACUAGUUGCUUUUGGAAAUAUGCAGGACAGAUUUCCAAAUCCCAGCACUUUCAGAAAUACCACUUUGUAUGGAGGCCAAACACUUCUGUUUACAUUUAUGUUCAUGGAAUUAUUUGUAGAGCACUUAAUAUCUGUCUCAGUUUAGUCAGUCAGUGGAAUUGAUGGUUGUUUUCCCACACUGCACCAUUAACGCCUGGAUGUGAAACAACAAGGAAAGUCCAUGCUCUGUUACAUUCAUUGCCAUUCUGAGUUAAGGGUUUUUUGAUGUAACCGUGUCUUUUGUAGUGCAGGGUCCAUGUGAGAGGACAUAGUAUUUCUUGGAUUCAGGUUGGCUCAAUCUAGCCAUUCUUGAGGUCAUUGACUAGAACAGCAAGGGAUGAAGCACAGGAAGAGCUCUCACGUUCCUUUGUCUUUUCCUGAAAUGUCAUGCUGUGGAUCACCAAACAAGACACUUGAGUACAGGUAUCUCAAGUAAAGGUAAAAUAAGUAUCUAUUUAUCACUGAAUGUUGAGUGUGUACUGAAACAGUGGUAGCAAACAUCAUUUCUGCUUUUCAGGACAGCUGUGGUGAUAAACAUUCUCAUUCAGGCAAAGGAGUCUAUAGGUCAAGUUCUGUUUAGUCCAUUUUAUUUCCAUUCACUUUUUUGAUUGCAAUAGCUCAAAAAGAUCACAACCAAACUCCAAAUAUUAUGGAAUAAUGGAGUUUGUCACAGGAGUACCAUGCUUUAGUAGCUAUUUUUGUCUAUCUGUUGAAGUUUUGUUUUGCUGUGUUUUUUUUGUUUCUGUGGGGUUUCUUUU